GUUUUUACUAUAAAAGUUUGUUUUCACCCUGAGCCAACACAGAGGUGCCAAGACGAAGAAGAGGGACCGGCCCACACUGCACGAUUCAAAGAUGAAGUUCCUUGUGGUUCUCGCUCUUAUUUCUGUUUGCAAUGCCAACGUCCUGUGGCACGAGCAGCCCAAGACCGGCGCGGACAUGGUAAAGGAAGCCUUCUGGGACUACGUUGCCAAAGCGACGCAGAUGGCCGAGGAGUCGCUGAAACAGAUCCAGGACUCUGAGCUGGGACAGGAAGUCAACACUAAACUCUCCCAAAGCACAGACACUGUCAACCAGUACGUCGUCGCGUUGAAAACCCAGGCUGGCCCUCUGUCCGAGAACCUGCUCACCCAGAUCACCGAGCAGACCGAGAAUCUGAAAUCUCGCCUGGAGUCUGAACUCUCCGCCGUCAACACCAACCUCAAACCAGUGGCCGAGCAGUUCAUCACCAACCUUCAAACCAAGAUGGACGAACUGAAGAGAGACAUCGCCCCCCUCGCCGAUGCCAUGGACCCCGAGACCCUGAAAACCGUCCUCAUGCAGAAGAGCCAGGAGAUGAAGACCAACCUGCAGGCUCAGAUGGGACCCUACGCCGAGGAGAUCAAGCAGAAGAUGGAGCAGAGCAUUGAGGAGUUCCAGACCAGUUUGAUGCCACUGGCGCAGAAUUUUGAAGUGCAGGUCAACCAGAAAGUCCAGGAGGUGCAGCAGACCCUGGCCCCAUACGGAGAGGAGCUGAAGGCUAAAAUAGAGGCCAAUGCCCAAGACGUGAAGGCCCAGGUCAUAGCGCUGUGGGAGGCGUUCACCAAGAGCAUCACCCAGUAAAAACCCAACCACCACCACCUCCACUCUUCUGCUCCAGUUACCUUCUGCUAUUUAUUUCACCUGUACCAGAGUAUUUUAGUAAUAAAAUGAUGCCACUGUGAA